UGCUGCUGUUCCCGGAAGUGUUCCCUGUGAAGCGGAGUCAGGGGCUGUGGCUGCUCUGCUUGCCAUGGAGGACGACGAGCUGGACUUGGCGGACGAGCUGGAGGCCGCCUUGCAGCUGGCGCCCGAAGUGCAGCUGGCGAUAGAGCAGGUGUUCCCCAGUCAAGAUCCGCUGGACAGAGCUGACUUCAACGCCGUGGAAUACAUCAACACGCUUUUCCCAACCGAGCAAUCUCUGGCAAACAUUGAUGAUGUGGUGAAUAAGAUCAAGCUGAAAAUAAGACGGCUGGACGAUAAUAUUCGGACGGUGGUGAGAGGGCAAACCAAUGUGGGACAAGAUGGCCGCGAGGCUCUUGAGGAAGCGCAGAAGGCAAUUCAGCAGCUCUUUGGGAAAAUUAAAGACAUCAAGGACAAGGCAGAGAAAUCAGAGCAGAUGGUUAAAGAAAUCACCCGGGAUAUUAAGCAGUUGGACCAUGCCAAACGCCACCUGACCACUUCCAUUACAACGUUGAACCAUCUACACAUGCUGGCCGGUGGAGUAGAUUCCUUGGAGGCGAUGACGAGGCGGAGGCAGUAUGGAGAAGUUGCCAACCUUCUCCAAGGCGUCGUCAAUGUGCUAGAGCAUUUCAACAAGUAUAUGGGGAUCCCACAGAUCCGACAGCUUUCAGAAAGGGUGAAGGCUGCCCAGAACGAGCUGGGGCAACAGAUCUUGGCAGACUUUGAAGAAGCCUUUCCUUCUCAAGGCACAAAGAGGGCCGGUGGGCCCAGCAACGUCCUCCGGGACGCAUGUCUGGUUGCAAACGUCUUGGACCCUCGCAUCAAGCAGGAGAUCAUCAAGAAGUUUAUUAAGCAGCACCUUUCAGAAUACUUGGUGCUCUUCCAGGAAAACCAAGAUGUAGCCUGGCUGGAUAAAAUCGACCGGCGGUAUGCUUGGAUCAAACGCCAGUUUGUGGACUAUGAGGAGAAAUACGGCCGCAUGUUCCCACCAGAAUGGUGUAUGACGGAACGCAUCGCUGUGGACUUCUGCCACAUUACAAGGACGGAGCUUGCAAAGAUCAUGCGAACCCGAGCGAGGGAAAUUGAAGUGAAACUCCUUUUGUUUGCCAUCCAAAGAACCACCAACUUUGAAGGUUUCCUAGCCAAACGCUUCUCUGGCUGCACCUUAUCGGAUACCGUUGUGAAAAAGGCUGAAUCACCUCUAGCCUCGACCAACCCCUUCCUGGAAGAUGAUACUUCUCCGGAGGCAGACGAUGUCACACCAGAAAAGGCCGAUAUCGACAAGCCCAAAAAGCCAAAGGUUCCAGAUAAUCCAUUCCAUGGGAUCAUUUCCAAGUGCUUCGAGCCCCAUCUCUAUGUCUAUAUCGAAUCCCAGGACAAGAAUUUGAGUGAGCUGAUUGACCGCUUUGUUGGGGAUUUCAAAGCCCAGGGGCCUCCCAAGCCCAACGUGGACGAAGGAGGGGCCGUCCUGCCCAGCUGCGCUGACCUCUUUGUCUAUUACAAGAAGUGCAUGGUCCAGUGUUCGCAGCUCAGCACCGGCGAGCCCAUGAUCGCCCUGACCACCAUCUUCCAGAAAUACCUCCGGGAAUAUGCCUGGAAGAUACUCUCGGGAAACCUGCCCAAGACCAGCAGUGGUGGCGGCGGGCUGACCAUCACCAGUUUGCUGAAGGAGAAAGAAGGCUCGGAGGUGGCCAAGUUCACGCUGGAAGAACUCUGCCUCAUUUGUAGCAUUCUGAGCACGGCGGAAUACUGCCUGGCAACAACCCAACAGCUUGAAGAAAAACUCAAAGAGAAAGUAGACACCAGCCUCGUAGAACGGAUCAACCUGAUGGGAGAGAUGGAUACCUUCAGCAUAGUCAUUUCCAACAGUAUCCAGCUUCUGGUGCAGGAUUUGGAUGCUGCCUGUGACCCAGCGCUCACCGCCAUGAGCAAGAUGCAAUGGCAGAACGUGGAACACGUCGGAGACCAGAGUCCCUAUGUCACCUCCGUAAUCCUUCACAUCAAGCAGAACGUCCCCAUCAUUCGUGAUAACCUGGCCUCGACCCGGAAGUAUUUCACACAGUUUUGCAUCAAGUUUGCCAAUUCCUUCAUCCCCAAGUUUAUCAACCAUCUCUUCAAGUGCAAGCCGAUCAGCAUGGUGGGGGCAGAACAGCUCCUGCUGGACACUCAUUCUUUGAAGAUGGUCCUGCUGGACCUGCCCUCCAUCGGAUCCCAAGUCGUGAGGAAGGCACCGGCCAGCUACACUAAGAUUGUGGUGAAGGGUAUGACCCGGGCGGAAAUGAUCCUCAAGGUUGUCAUGGCCCCACAUGAACCCGCAGUAGUCUUUGUGGACAACUACAUCAAACUCCUGGCUGACUGCAGCACGGACACGUUCCAGAAGAUUCUGGACAUGAAGGGUUUGAAGCGGAGCGAGCAGAACGCCAUGUUGGAAUUGUUCCGCCAGAGGCUGCCGGCCCCUCCAACGGGGCCUGAAAGCACCAGCUUUGUCUCCCUGACAGCCCCAACGCCCGAACAGGAGUCCUCGCGCAUCCGGAAACUGGAAAAGCUGAUCAAGAAAAGGCUCUAGAGGUUCUCCCUUUUCCUCUUGGUUCCCCCGCCCCCCAGAUCCCCCAGUCCCAAGAAACCGAUGCUGCUGGUAAUGGGGGCUCUACAUUCCCAAGCUCACUGGAGCAUAUGGUAGUUGGCAUAGUAUUUGAAGAUCCACGUUACACCAUAAUCCACGUGUGAAUGGAUUAUGGGAGGUAUAGUUCAAAGCAAAGGUUCCUUCCCCCUGUUGUUAGUUUUUUAAUUAUAUAUAUGUGCAGUACUGUAAAACAACACAGAUCAGGAACUGAGUGCUUGGUACCGUCUGAACGGAUAUUGAUGGAGUGGCUGUGGAUUAUGUACCCAACCAUUUCCUUGAAUGAAACUGUCUUCAAAAGGCAACAAACAGAGACCUGCCUUAUUCCCUAUCCUUUGAAUACACUCCUCAUAUUCAGGGACAUGGUUCUCCACAUCACUCCCUCUUUCUUGUUUGUGCGAAUAUUUCUUUUCCAUCUAAAUAGUUCCUUUUUUCUUUGGUGGUGACCAAUUGUCCUUUAAAGCGGUGGUUCCCAAACUUCCUAAUGCCGUGGCCCUUUAAUACAGUUCCUUAUGCUGUGGUGACCCCUAACCAUAACAUUAUGAGAAGGAAAGAACAGGGCCCACAUAAUGGGGGCCAGGAGGAAGGGAGAGCGAGAGCGAGAGAACUCCAUUCAGGAUGCAAGCAAACUUCAUCUCUUCUUCUCCGGAGAUGAAGUGAUGUUACCGCCUCCCUCCGGAGAAGAAGAAGAGGCCCCUGGAAAGUGAAGGGGAUGGAAAAAUGUCUGUGGUGUCUCAGGUCCUAAGACCCCUGUGAAAGGGUCAUUCGACCCCCAAAGAGGUUGCGACCCACAAGUUGAGAACGGCUGCUUUAAAGCCGCCUCUGUAUCUAAGAGGCUAUUAGUCACUCGUCCUGAAUGAGAACAGUGUUCUUCCUUGCUCAGAGUCAUCUCACCCCUUCCUUUGGACCUUUGAUCCACUUGAUUUGCAACCCAGGGCGAGGGCAGUGUUUACAUCUGAUGUGGAUCAGCCUCAAUCUCCCGCAUCAAGGCGGGUGUGACUUGUGCCACCUUGGUUUUACGAGCCGCCUUUCACCGCGAACAGCAAACAAAACCUGCAAAGCUUUCAAGAGAAGGUCGCUGUGUUCUUUCCCUCCGUCCUUGGCAUCCUUUGCCUUGCAAAUAUUUUAGACACAAGAUUGACACUAAAACAAGAGGACAUUCGAAUGUAAAUUAAGAACCGUCCGGUAGCAAAGUCCCUGUUAUGUAAAUUGCUUCUCUUCCCCACCUGUUUUUGUCCUUGUUGUUGGUUACACUGGUUGAAGAAUACUCCAUUUCCUUAUUUAUCGGAACCUUCCCAGUCGCUGGGUAAUGAUGAAGUCUCAAGUUGUACAUUUUCGAUCAAAAAUAAAAUAACUCUUUUGCUUGA